GUAGUCGAUGGGUUGGAAAUUUUUAACCAGAAAACGAAACCACAUAAUCAAAUUCAAGAAAAUCAAAGAUUUUUAUAUGUGGAUGAUUAUACCGAAGCAUACUCUACUAAAAAGACUACACCUCUACAGGUAUGCGAGAAAUUAAUUGAAAAAAUAAAACAUUCAUGCUCUAAAGCAUGCGAUCCACCUCUUUACGGUAUGUAUCACUACCACGAAGAUGAUGUUAUGGCACAGGCCGAAGCGUCAACCGCUCGGUAUAAUCAAAAUCAGCCGUUGGGUCCACUUGACGGUGUUCCCAUUGCA